ACUUAACCUAUAAUAACGUUCUUUGGUGAAAAUUCUUAUGCUGUUCGUGUUCAAUAUGCACGAGUGAUGGCGACCCGAGGAAAUCGCCUGAGGAGGAAGUUAAUUUGUUUCCUUCAGUGACGUCCAUCGAUUCAUUGAAAGAAAUGUAUCAUUUCACUCCUCAACGCCCUUACAAAAUACACGCUAACAAAGUCUCCUCACGAUGUUAUGGUUCCUCACACUGCCGGUAAUUUUUGCAUGCUGUCAUGGUUUUGACAUGGAAGGUCUGUGGGGCAGAUCUGAAGAGACAUGUGGUGAAACAAAUCGUGUUCAGUACUCGAAUACUGAUGAUCAAAAAGGUUACAUUGUAGGAGGAAGAGAUGCAUUUCAAGGGGAAUUUCCUUGGCAGGUAUCAUUACAAAGACAUUUUGAGAGGGAUAAUGGUAUUUAUCACAUUUGUGGAGCCACUAUAAUAACCAAAAACUGGGUUGUAACUGCUGCGCAUUGCAUUAAUCUAGCGAAACUUGGAGACUAUAGAAUUGUAGCAGGAACAAGUGAUUUGCGAGAGGAAAAUAAAAUAAGAUCCGGAAUCGUGAGAUCAUAUUCGGAGUAUAAAGUAGACGAUGCAUACAUUCAUGAAGAUUUCUCUAGACUCACGCUUCAGAACGACAUCGCUGUCUUGAAAGUGGACGCCCCAUUUGAUUUCGAGCAUUCAGACGGGAUGAUAAAACCCAUAUGCCUUCCCCCCUUCGGUCAUGAGCCUCGUGGUUAUGCCACUGUAUCAGGAUGGGGAACUCUAAAAGAAGGUUCACGAGUGAUACCAACAAGACUACAGGCUGUGUCAGUUCCGAUAAUUAGUGAUGAAGCUUGUAGAAAAGCUUAUGGUGAAGCCAUUGUUGAAACAAUGGUCUGCGCAGGUUACGAAGAAGGAAUGAGGGAUUCCUGUCAGGGAGACUCUGGUGGACCACUAAUUCAAAAAUCUGGUUCCGGUAAUGCAGUGCUUGUGGGUGUCGUGUCAUGGGGCAUGGGAUGUGCUCGUCCUAAGUACCCUGGUGUCUAUACGCAAGUGUCCUACUACAUUGACUGGAUAAACGGCAUCAUUAAAUCUCAAGGCACAUUUGAUGACAUAAAUAAAUUUCCUUUCUAAAA